AUGAAAUUCUUGGUAGUGUUGUUCGCUGUCCUUGCUGUGACCGUAGCCUCCAGUUACGUCCAAAAAACUGUCACUUACACUCAUGAAGAACCGACCUACGUAGCCCCUGCCCGUGAAUCCUCAGUUGUUUCUGCCGGCCAUGUUGUUGCUGCUGCCCCUGUGGCCGCUGCUGCAGUAGCUGCAUCGCCCUUCGUAGCCGCAGCUGACGCCGUCCACCACGCUGCUCACCAUGGACACAACUCUGGCUUUCCUCUUUAA